GUAAACGUCAGAUCAGAUACAAAGUUGGCAGGGGAGCAGAGGAAAAAAUAAGAGAUGCACCCCGCAAUAAGUGAAGGCCAGUGAAUUAAAUCGGUUAGUGGCAGUGAAGAGCAGCUGCAGUGGCUGGAACAUGGAGGAAAACGGUCCAGAGUUGAAAUUUGUCUCACCAAAUGGUGACAUCAUCACAUCUGGUGACGACACAAGGGCAGAUGAGAGGAGGGGAGAACCCGAGAAACAGUCAAGGCAAUGGAAGGGCAAGCCACCCGGAAGCGCUUUUCUCAAUGAUGCGAGAUCGAGAUCUGUGACGAGCUCGAGAGUACAAAUACUGUGAAGGAUCCAAUCCAACCAGCUACCUUAUACCUACCACCUUGAUCUUUCACACUCCAACUCAACUACUCAUCUCAACCAACCAAUUGAAGCUAUACCCAUCUCUAAAUUCUUCAACUCAUCACAUCAAAAUGUCUCUGCACUAUCUCCCCCCCGUCAAGCCCUCUGCCAUCGCUCUCGGCACGGCCUUCAACCACGGCAUUGAGCUCGCCGUCCUCGCUCCCAUCUUCGGCCAGACCUACCAGCGCGCCAAGGCUGCCAACACCAAGGAGGAGUUCAUCCGCUCCAAGGAGGCUUCCGGUGCUGCUCUCGCCUGGGGCUCUUCCCUCAUCGGCUCUGCUCUUCAGUCUUAUGGUGUCGGUGCUCUCAUCAACGCCACUGGUACCCUGAGCUACAAGGGCGCUGCUUACCUUGGAUCCCUCAUCUUCUUCGCUACCUCUGCUCCCGGCUACAUUGCUCAGAUCUUCGUAGAGAAGCGACCUCUCGACACCGUCGGCGUCAGCCUGGCUACCAAGCUCGUUGAGACCCUCGGUCUCUCCGUCUUCCUCACCUGGUGGGGAACCCGAACCAACCCUUUUGAGUAAAUCCUCUCUUGACCAAGGUUUCUUAAUCUCCCCACGAUCGGGAUAGGGUUUUCGUGAUGAAUUUGUUAUACCGCGGCUUCGGGCCUGUGUGAAAUACCUAGGGAUAGGGACGAUGUACCUAUAACAGAAAGCCAAUAAGGCAAAAUAAUACCACACAAAUGAACAAAACUAUAAACUGAUAAAGUGAUGUCAAUUACUUGAAUGCAUA